GCAUCUCAAAAAUCAAAAUGGAGUCCUAUGUUACAAUUGUAUGUAUUGAAGUAUGUUUUUCACAAAUGUUGGCCUAUUUUUAUGCACAUUUUUGAUAUAACAGUUAAAAUAUGAGAAGUCCAACUAACUUAAUCGUGAUAUUUUCUUUGUGAAGUCUCCAAAUUGUGUGUGUGUUAAAUUAUUUACAUAUUUUUAUAAUGGAUUUUAAGUAUCGGGAUGAUUCAAUGAAAUUAGUGUAAUAACCAAGUUUUAUAUUUAUUAACAACAACACUCCAGCUCCAGCUUGUUAAAUUGUAUGUCAAAACAGAUGCUGGCAUUUAACUAUUUGUUAUAAAAUUGUUAUUGUCAUCAAAAAUUGUAUACCUCUGUUUAGUUUUCUCAAAAGGAAUUUAUGCUCAUCUUUGAGCUGCACAGUUAUAGGAAUAGUAUAGUUAAUUUGAAGUAAAAUAUACAUUAACAAUCUGUGUGGCAAACAUAGCAAAUAACUGAAGCUAUUUCCAGUGAAGAAAGUUUUAAGUUUGUUUUUGUGAAUAUAAUGUGAGGAAGCUUAUAAUUAAUAAGUGAUGACCAGCCAAAAUUCAUCAUUUACACAGAGGUACCAACCAUAUAUAUUUGAUCAAUAUCGACAACCAGAAGGUCAAUGGGAAAAUUCUACAGUUACAACCCCUCCAACAGUGCCAGCUAGGGGUAUUAAAAGAAAUACCCCUAGUGAAGUUACCACCCGUCCUUAUGAGGAGCCAUCUUGGAUGGCCCCUCAAGAUUUAUCCACUCAAAUGGAUAAUAAUGUGUUAAAUGAAUGCAACUUACUCCUAAGGUCACAAAUCAACAUGAAUGUUAGUCCAUCGGAAAGUGGCAAUAUUAAAAAUCAAAUUAUAUCAACGGAGCACGAUGUCAAUGUUAAUCGCGUUCAGAGUCCUUUAAAACACCAUUCAAAGUAUAUGACUACGCCUUGGUUUCAUGGGAAAAUAUCAAGAGAAGAAGCGGAAAGUUUGUUGAGACCUCGGACAGACGGGUUGUUUUUAGUAAGGGAAUCUACAAAUUUUCCUGGUGACUACACUUUAUGUGUUUGUUUUCAAUCAAAAGUCGAACACUACAGAGUUAAGUCCCAUAGUAAUAAAUUAACGAUAGACGACGAAGAAUUCUUUGAUAAUUUGGAUGAAUUAAUCGAACAUUAUAAGAACGAUGCAGAUGGAUUAUGUACGAAGUUAGUGAAUGCUCUUCCAAAAGAACACGAGACAGCUAAAACUCUCACAAAAAGCAGCUCAAAAGAAAGUGAUGAUCUUUGUGUGAUACCCGAAGAAGACUUGGUUGUAUGUGAACCCAUAGGGAAAGGCGAAUUUUGCGAAGUAAUGCUAGGAAAAUGGAAAAAUCAAAAAGUAGCUGUUAAAGUUUUAAAAGAUUCUAGUGAAGCCGAAGCGAUACUAAUGAAAUCUCUUCAUCACGAAAAUCUUGUGAAUUUACUUGGAAUUGUUAGGAAAAAAGAUCACAUUUACUUAGUCACAGAAUAUAUGAGUAAGGGCAGCCUAGUUGAUUAUUUAAGGUCAAGAGGAAGACUGCACGUUUCCAAAAAAGAUCAGAUCAAUUUUGCUUAUGACACGUGCUCAGGCAUGGAGUAUUUAGAGAAAAUGCACGUUGUGCAUCGCGAUUUGGCAGCUAGGAACGUACUAAUAGCCGAAAAUGGAAGAGCAAAAGUAUCUGAUUUUGGUUUGGCAAGAAAUGAGAAAAAUGCUGCCUCUGAAUCGGCAAAACUUCCUAUCAAAUGGACAGCACCGGAAGCUCUAAAACACAAUAAAUUCUCAAAUAAAUCGGAUAUGUGGAGUUUUGGAAUUUUGUUAUGGGAAAUAUAUUCAUUUGGAAGAGUUCCUUAUCCAAGGAUACCAUUAGCUGACGUAGUUAGGCAUGUGGAAAAUGGAUACAAAAUGGAAGCUCCUGAAGGAUGUCCUCCAGAAAUUUACCAAAUCAUGAGACAGGCUUGGGAUUUCUAUCCAGAAAAGAGACCAAACUUCCACGAGGUGAAGACAAAACUGACGCAGCUGAAGCAGCAGACGUGAAAAUUAAGAGAUUAAAAUUUUCUAGAGUGAAUGUUGAAUGCACUAAGUGAUAUUUAAAUGUAAUUUCACGUAAUUUCAUCUGUAAUCUAAUCAUUAAUACAGUUGUACAAUUAUUAAUCUCAUAUGUAUGUGGUAUGUGGUUUGGAUAAUAAAUUUAGAAGUUUAAAAAUUUAUGAGUAACCGUACUUUUGGCACAGAAAUGUUUAUUUAUUUUCUUCUUUUUUUUUCUCAUAGCGUUGCUGUACUUAAUUUCAUUUUAAGUAAUUGAUUAUUGUAAAGUUAUACCAGAUGAGUAAAAUCAUUGCUUUGUAAAAUUUUGUUUCUUUUCUUAUUUAAUAACAUGUAUAUUUUUCCACUUGUAUAUUUAAAUUAUAACAAAAUUAUUAAACAAAGGUUUUUUUA